CACGGAGAGCACCCGUGCCUGCUGUCAGUUGUCUCUGUAACAGCAGAAACUGUGCUCACUAGAGGUGGUCUGAAUUCAAAAUGCUAAAGAGGAAGCCAUCCAAUGCCUCAGAGAAGGAGAAACACCAAAAACCGAAGCGCAGCAGCAGUUUUGGGAAUUUUGAUCGUUUUCGGAAUAAUUCCGUAUCAAAAUCUGAUGACUCAAUUGAGGUCCAUGACCAGGAAGUGACAAAUGGAAGUGAAGAACAAGGCAAGACUUCAAGCAGUGGAGGAAGUCUAGGUAAAAAAGUGAGGGCUAUUUCAUGGACAAUGAAGAAAAAAGUAGGCAAAAAAUACAUCAAAGCUCUCUCUGAGGAAAAAGAGGAAGAAAGUGGAGGGGAAGCCCUCCCAUAUCGGAACAGUGAUCCCAUGAUUGGAACACAUACCGAGAAGAUCUCACUCAAAGCCAGCGACUCUAUGGACAGUCUUUACAGUGGGCGGAGUUCAUCAAGUGGAAUAACAAGCUGUUCAGAUGGAACAAGUAAUCGGGACAGCUUUCGACUGGAUGAUGACAGCCCCUACUCAGGGCCGUUCUGUGGCCGGGCCAGAGUGCACACAGACUUCACGCCAAGUCCCUACGACACCGACUCCCUUAAAAUCAAGAAAGGAGACAUCAUAGACAUUAUCUGCAAAACACCAAUGGGAAUGUGGACAGGGAUGCUGAAUAAUAAAGUGGGAAACUUCAAAUUUAUUUACGUGGACGUUAUCUCAGAAGAGGAAGCAGCUCCUAAGAAAAUAAAGGUCCCUAGAAGCAGUAGAAGAGAGAAACACCAGACUCUCCAGGAGCUCUUAGAGAAGAUGCACCUUCAGGAAUAUACUUCAACACUUCUGCUUAAUGGUUAUGAGACCCUGGAUGACUUGAAGGAUAUCAAAGAAAGUCAUCUCAUGGAAUUAAACAUUGUCGAUCCAGAAGAUAGGGCGAGGCUACUGUCUGCUGCCGAGAGUCUCCUGGAUGAAGAAACUGCUGCAGAGCAUGAAAAGGAAUCUGUGCCUCCGUCCUCAAACCAAGACAUCUUAAGUGAAUCACAGUUAGAGGACUACCCAAGGGACUCUGGGUGUUAUAUCUCAUCGGAAAACUCAGAUAACGGCAAAGAGGAUCUGGAGUCAGAAAAUCUGUCUGACAUGGUACAGAAGAUUGCCAUCACAGAAUCCAGUGACUGAACACACACUCUCAUGUCCACACCCGCAGCCAAAUUCCAUUUGAACUCUUUGUACGCUACAGGAUCAAAUGGAAGGUUUCCGAAUGCAAAGUGUUUCGAUCCGAACGAUUGUGCGUGCAAAUUUAUAUUUCUCACUUACCAACGAGUGUGCAUAAAAUGUAUAUUUAUUAAAUACUAUGUGUUAAAGUUUACCUGCCUAUAUUAGAAAAAAAAGAUAUAAUGCAAGCCCAUGUGUGGUAUGUACUGCAUUUAUCUCUAUUUUAUAAGUGUAAAAAAAAUGUAGACAUGGAGACCAUGUACUAAUAUAUAUUAUUGGAUUUUUUUAUAGAAGUUUUAGUUGAACUAAUUUCUAUAGGUAGAAUAUAUACUCAUUUUUUUGAAGUACUGGGAAAAUGGAGACUGAAAUUAGAGACUUUGUUGCAUUCAAAGAUGGAGUUUUAGUAAGUAACAAUUUUCUGUUUCUUCACUCUGUUAUCUGAUAUGAAGAUGGAGUUAACAAUACACUGUCUGUUUCGGUCAAGCAAACAGUUGGUCAAAUUGUAGAGGUGCAUAGUAAAAAAAGAUGUCUUAUCUUUUCAUGUAAAUAUUUUUAAUUUUCUAUAUCCUAAUAAUAACAAAAUAAACUAUGUACAUAUUGUACCU